AUGAGCUUUUCCAAUCCAUCCCCAAGGGUGGAAAAGGAUGGUGAGACAUCAGGAAAGAAACUUUCAUCAUACACUUGCAAGCACUGCAAAAAGAUGUUCUCAACUAUAAAUGGAUUAGGUGGCCACCAGAACGCUCAUAGGUAUGAGCGAGAGCUAGCUAAUAGAGCGAUAUUGCAAGGGCACCCUCUUUACCCUAGAUACAGUGUCACCAUAAGUUUCCUUUCUAAACAAUACUCACAAUCAACCAUAGGCACUAGUAGAGGUGUGGUUAGAAACUUCUUUGGAGUUUCUCAAGAUGAAAGUAAUUUAAGAGAACUUGAUGAGGGUGAUGGUACUAUUGAUCUUAUGUCACGAGUAGGGAUGGGCAGCGGAAAAGAUGAUGAGCAGAGUGAUGGCAAGGGCGGAAAUGGUGACGAUGAACCUUAA